AUGAAUGGGCAGGAGAAAAAUAACCCUAAAGUGAAAAAGAAGGUGUCAUUUGUUGCAAAACCUUCAGAAGAAAAUCAAAUACCUGAAGAAUAUGAGAAUCAAGAAUGCAGCACUGAAGGAAUUGCUGACGUCACAAACUACUUCAAUCAACGAUUAUUAGAGACACAUGGACAUCUGAUACCUGUGGGGACGCACAGCAUGUGGCAUGGAGAGUCUGAUGAUGAAGAAGAGGAAACUGAUGAUGCUUAUUUUAAAAUGAAAGAGAAAGAACUGGAAAAUGAUCCAGCAAAUCUGUUACUUUGGGCAUCUGAGAAAAACCAGGUUUCGAUAGUAUGCAGACUUCUCUCAGAAAACCCAGGUCUUGUUAAUGUUAAAGAUGAUGACCACUACACACCACUUCAUAGGGCUGCCUACAGUGGUCAUAUUGAGGUUGUCCGCAGGUUGAUAGCUCAAGGAGCAGAUGUGCAUGCUCGUACUGUAGAUGGCUGGACACCCUUUGCACAGGCUUGUAAAUGGAACAAUGCAGAAAUAGCUUCAUUUCUUCUGCAGCAUGAUGCAGACAUCAAUGCCCAAACUAAUGGUCUGCAUACAGCAUUACAUCUUGCUUCAGGAAAAGACACCAAGGAAGCCAUUGAAUUGUUGUUAAUGAAUCGCUAUAUCAAUUCAGAUCUAAAAAAUAACUUGGUUGAGACAGCAUAUGAUAUUGCUUGUCGAACAAAUAUUCACUAUUACCUCUUUGAAAUUGCAGAACACUGUACUAAUUCGGUACCUGAGCCAAAAUAAUCCACUUUAAUGUACAGUCGCCCUAACACCAAACCUGUGGCCAUUUUGUUAGGUGGAAGUUUGGUGUAUCUCUUUAAGUUCAAAUGACCAUUGUAACUGUUUCAAUGUCAAUAUGAAAGAGUCAAUUUCCUAAUUUACCCAAAAAUUGGUUGUGUUGAUCAACUUAUUGAAAAUGUGUUGCCAUUUUUGGUGAAAAGUUAUAAAUAUUCUUUUUUGCA